AAGACUCAGAGCGCUGAGACUCUGAAUCGCAUCAUUUUCAUUUUCAGAUAAAGUCCUGGAGUCCUGAGCUGAACUCCAGUUAUUCCUGCAGCAGUAACGUGGUGUUUUCUGGUACAAUGUGUCGUGUUAUUUAUUUUUUCUUGUACUUUUUAUAGAAUAGUUUUGCAUCGACGUGGAGCUGCACAGAGAUGUUUUGUGCUUCUUUUUGGGUUGUUUUGCAUCUCAUUUAACAUCUCUGUGGUGGCGUUGGCCUCACCCAGCCUCUCUCCUGAUUGGCUGCUCGGUCCCGGUGCAGCUGUCAUGAAGCAGAUGAUUGGCUGCUGGGGGGCGGUGGGGAGUCAAACCAACACCCUGCGUGAAGGCGUUUCUGUUUGAACGGUUCCUUUGAAUGAGACGUCCAGAAGUUUAAACUGAAUGUGAAGCAGCUUCGGUCUCUGGGCUGGUGGGUUCCUGACGCCUCCUCCUUGUCUGACAGGAGCCGAGCGGGAUGAUUAAACUCAGCAGACACUGAAAGACGUCAACAUCUGAAGACUGUCAGGGCUCAUGGCUGCGGUCGGAGCUGAGGUCACCGGGUCCUGGUUCCUGUCGUCGGGAGUCGUCGGGUUCCUCGGGUUCCUCGUCCUCCUCGUCCUCCUCUCCAUCUUCAUCACAGCUCUGUGCAGCCACUGCAACAGACAUUCAUUUGACCUGCAGCAUUCAGGCGUGGACAGAAACCCUCCAGCUCUCAUCAAAGUGGUGAGGCUGGAGGAAACCAGAGAGAAUCCGAUGAUCAAUGAGAUCCAGAACGAUGAGAAACAGUUUCGUCACGAUGAGGAAAAUCCUGUCGGCUCUACUCCCUGGAGGAGCCACCUGGGGGCGCCAAACACCAGCCAUGGUAUGAACCACGCCCCCUCACCACCAGACUCCGCCCACAUAAUGGCGGAAGGCAGUGACACAAGUUCCCCGGCAGCCAAUCAGGAGCCAGAGCAGCAGCAGCGUCGCGUCGGGGUGGAUUUGAGCGAGAAGAAUUCAGUUUAUGCUCGAGUCAGCAAGAAACAAAAUAUGGAACCUGCUCACACCCCCGAGGAGGAGGAGGAGCAGGAGGAGGAGCAGGAGGAGGAGGAAGCUUCACCUCCGCUACCCGACAGGACAGAGAUGGAAUUAUGGAAUUAGAGUGGUGAACAAACAAACGAAGGACAAACCAAAGAACAAACAAAAGACAGUAGACAGUGAAUAAAUGUUGAGAUUUUAACUGACUCGUGUUUUAUGAAUAAACUCGCAGACCUGAAGGAGGAGGGAAGGAAUGAUGGGAGGAAAGGUCCGUUUGUGACUGUCCCUUUAAGAGCUCACAGCACGUAGCGCACGAGAGGAGGUGGACGACGUGCUGCCACACACACGCACACGCGCAGACACGUACGCAGCUCAGUAACGGUCUGACACACUCUGCCGUAAAGUAGUCCUGGCUGUCGUACUACCAACAUACAGCUGAUCCGUUUGUCUUUGCGUGUUAAAGUUCAGGACCGACUGCGCAGCCGCAGUAGCCUCGUGUACAGUACAGUGCACCGACUGUAGCGGUGGUGGUUAUAUUCAUUGUGGUGUCCGUGAGCUUAUUAUGGGAUGUCGUGAAGUCUCUCCAGUGACUCUCAGUAAACAACAGACCUCAGAGGGGUGUGUUCCUCCACGACCGAGCUCAGCCAAUCAGCGGCCAGCUCCUCCCCACGUGGCCCGCUUGUUUACUACGGAGCUGGGGGCUGAUGGGAAAACCCGGAGCGGAACUCAGAGGCUGUUUGAAUGAAUGAAUGAAUGAAUGAAUGAUGUUUAAAUGAUCCUGAUAGAAAAUUAUAAAUGAAUCAACAAAGAUUUAAAUUGCAAAUAAACAUUUAAUCGUUAAAUAAA